ACCCCUCGGUGACUUCCUCGACAAGCUAAAUAUAAACAUCGCAAAGGCGAGGAAUUAAGGUGACUGGAGAGUUCUUCUUGCAUGACAAUUCAGGAGGGUUGUUAGACGUGGAAGAAAUGUUCCAAACCCAGGGUUCCAAUACAUAUGUGAAAAUGAUCUGCUAAGAUUUUGGCUCUCAAAGCAGUGAGAAGAAGAAAUCUCUUUCAAGUUUUUUGAGCUGAAAGAUUGGAAGGUCUCUCACCUGUUUGUUCUUGGAGGUGGUUUUUGUGGAGCUCCGGGUGGAGUAUACAUACAGUUAAAUUGUGAAUUGGUUUUGCAAAGCACAGGCAUGGCAAGAGAUAAAGCUAUUGGCAUUGAUCUGGGCACCACCUACAGCUGUGUAGGUGUCUGGCAUUGUGAAAGAGUUGAAAUCAUAACAAAUGACCAAGGUAAUAGAACCACUCCCUCCAUUGUUGCCUUCAAUGAAACAGAGAGAUUGGUAGGAGAGGGUGCCAAGAAUCAAAUUGUAUCCAAUCUGCAGAACACGGUAUAUGAUGUGAAAAGAAUGAUGGGAAGAGGGUUUUCUGAUCCUGUACUACAAAGUGACAUAUCCCAUUGGCCUUUCUCGGUUGUUGAAGGAAGUAAUGGGAGGUUUGAGAUAAGAAUCACUUACAGAGGUGAAUCUAAAACUUUUGCACCUGAAGAAAUUUCUGCCAUGGUGUUGUUCAAGAUGAAAGAGAUUGCAAAAACGUUCCUUAAAUCUGAAGUAAUGAAUGCUGUAAUCACUGUGCCGGCCUACUUCAACGAUUCACAGAGACAGGCCACAAUGGAUGCAGCCCACUUGGCCGGGAUUAAUGUGUUACAACUUCUGAAUGAACCAAAUGCUGCAGCCAUAGCUUAUGGGUUGGAUACCAAGACAUACUCAUCAACCACAGGUAAGAAUAUCCUUGUUUUUGAUGUUGGAGGCGGCACGUUUGAUGUUUCUGUUAUUACCAUCAGGAGGGGUUCAUUUGAUGUGAGAGCAGUUGGAGGAGACACUCAUCUGGGUGGUGAAGAUUUUGAUACUAGACUGCUUAAUCAUUUUGUUGGAGAAUUCGAGAGGAAGAAUAAGAAGCGAAUUGGCGGCAAUCCCAAAGCACUUCGCAGACUUCGUACAGCAUGCGAGAAGGCCAAAAGAAGCCUUUCUGCUGCUACAGAAACGACUGUUGAGAUUGAGUGCCUUUGUGGAAGUACCGAUUUCUAUUCCAAAAUCAGUAGAGCCAAGUUUGAAGAUCUUAACAGUGAUCUCUUCCACAAAUGCAUUGCUGGUGUGAGACUGUGUUUAGCUGAUGCGCACAUGGUAGCAAAUGAAAUUGAUGAAGUUGUUCUGGUUGGAGGCUCCACCCGGAUUCCAAAACUACAAAAAAUGAUUGAAGGGUUGUUUGGCCAGGAGAAGUUGUGCAGAAGCAUCAAUCAAGAUGAAGCUGUGGCUUAUGGAGCUUCUGUACAGGCUGCUGUCUUGACCGGCCAAUGUUCAGAUGUAGUUCUGCAAGAUGUCACUCCUUUGAGCUUGGGCAUUGCAGUGACUCGAGAUGAUAUCAUGAGCGUGAUAAUUCCGAGGAAUACCCAUAUACCUGUAAAGAAAGUACAGACAUUCCGCACUGCUGAAGACUAUCAAACAGUUGCGGCAAUUUCUGUCUAUGAAGGUGAGAGAACUUCUAUUAUGGACAAUAAUUUGCUGGGAAAAUUCGAUCUGCCUGGUAUACCAGCAGAUCUACGGGGAAAAGAAUCAUUGGAUGUGUGUUUUGAAUUAGAUGCCAAUGGGAUAUUGAAGGUCUUGGCCAAAAACAGAGUAGCAGUUGAAAAGAGCAUAAUAAUUAGAAAGGAUACUUGUGGGUUGAGUAAGGAGGAAAUCGCUAGAAUGAAAUUUGAUGCAGAAAGAUACAGCAUUGAAGAUCAACGGGUUGCUCUCAAACACAAAGCCAGACAUGCAUUGGAAGACUCUGCGUACGACAGGAGGAAUAGAGCAAGAGAGGAGAGCCUCAGAGGAACUAUAAUGGCUGCAGAAGCAAACAAAAUUGAGAAUGUCACAAAAUCUACACUCGAUUGGAUAGAACAGAAUGAUGAUGCGGACAUUGAGGAAUUCAAAAAGAAACUGGAAGAGGUGGAGCAGCUAUUUAAUGCAUUGUCAACUUCAACCUCUAAAUGACAAUUUGAAAAAUAGUGCAACUCUUAUUUGAGAGCUCGAUAGGCGCCGUGUCUAAGUUUCCUAGAUUAGCGGAUGCUUGAGUAAUUUGAUCAACUUUGUCAUGUCGGCCAAAAUAAUAGAGGUCGAAUUUUACUAUGGUUAACAAGUAAAUAGUUAACUUCAUAACAUUAAACUAUCGUUCUUUUGGCGAAAACUAGAAUAACAUAAAAAAUAGUACACAUUUCAAAUGAA